AUCCUUGAGAACUCUGUCCCGGAUGCGGAAGUAAACACACUCCUCGGUUAAAACUCUCCGGAAAUCAAAGUUUCGUCUUUAAACACAUUUUUCCCGCUUUUACUCUUUUUUUAAUAAACGUAAUAAAAUCUCGGUGCGCUCGCGCCGUCGGACACACUUCCGCGUUGUUGUCCAGGUAACGUCAUUGUCCGGACCCCCCCCGCGCGGGUUUGUGCUCAGAGCAGGCGACAGGAGAAGAAGAAGAAGAAGAAGAAGAAGAGGAGGAAGAGGAGGUUCUGUUGCUGCUCGAGGAAGGAGACGACACACAGCAGCCAUGAGUCAGCGGACGGAGCGACGGGGGAUACACGUGGACCAGUCUGAUCUGCUGUGCAAGAAGGGAUGCGGUUACUAUGGCAACGCAGCAUGGCAGGGCCUGUGCUCCAAGUGCUGGCGGGAGGAGUACCAGCGGGUGCGGCAGAAACAGAUCCAGGACGACUGGGCCUUGGCAGAAAAGCUGCAGCGAGAGGAGGAGGCGGCGUAUGCCAGUAGUCACGGAGCGCAGACGCACCCCCAGUCCGCAGCGCCGGCGCCGCAGCCACAGGGCGCCCCCGGGCACGCCUCCCUGGGACCCUUCUCCAAGUUUGAGGAGAAGAAGACGAAUGAGAAGACGCGGAAAGUGACGACGGUGAAGAAGUUCUUCAGCCCGUCAUCUCGCACCGCCCCAAAGAAAGAAACCCAGGAGGGAAAGACUCCGAGUCCGUCCAUUAGCCGCCAUGCGAGCUUCGAUACGGAUCAGGUGUCAAAGGACUUUGUUGAGUUCCUGAAGAACCUCCAGAAGCCCGGUCGGGAGAUCCACAAGCAGUGCCGAACCUUCAUCAUGAACAUGUCGAGCAAGAAGGACCUCGGCGCCGACGAGCUGUCGGAGUGCGUUCAGGAUUUCUACCAGAACAUGGCGGACCGCUUGAUGAGCCACUUUAAAGGUUCUUCGGAGUCCGUGGAGCAGGUGAUGGACCAGGUGGAAAAGUACAUAAUGAGUCGUCUGUAUAAGAGCGUCUUCUGUCCCGAAACCACCGAUGACGAGAAGAAAGAUCUGGCCACGCAGAAGAGGAUCAGGGCGUUACACUGGGUGACCAUCCAGAUGCUGUGUGUGUCUAUGGAUGAAGAAAUCCCAGAAGUCUCUGAGAAUGUGGUCAAAGCAAUAACAGAUAUCAUUGAGAUUGACUCGAAGAGGGUUCCUCGGGACAAACUCAGGUGCAUCACUAGCUGCAGUAAAAACAUCUUCAGCGCCAUCAGGAUCACGAAGAACGAGCCGGCCUCGGCGGACGACUUCCUCCCGGCGCUCAUUUACAUCGUGCUCAAAGCCAACCCUCCGCGGCUGCAGUCCAACAUCCAGUACAUCACCCGCUUCUGUAACCCCAGCAGGCUGAUGACCGGAGAGGACGGCUACUACUUCACCAACCUGUGCUGUGCGGCGGCGUUCAUCGAGAAGCUGGAUGCUCAGUCUCUCAAUCUCUCCCCAGAGGAAUUCGAGCGCUACAUGUCGGGCCAAGCCUCGCCGCGGUUCAACAGCUCGGAGGUAGACUGGCCCCAGACUGGCCCGGCGCCCGGCGUGGCCCCCGCCAACCCCGUCCUGGCUCAGCUCAAUCACAACCUGGAGCUGCUGUCGGGCCUCAGCAGCCGGCAGGAGACGCUGAUGGAGGCGGCUCAGAGUCUGCAGGCCGACCUCCUCUCCUGGCCCGAGGGCGUUCAGCGCGAGGUGCAAGACAUCCUGGAGAAAUAUCCUCUGGAGAUUCUGCCUCGCACAGCUUCGGCCAUCGACGCCAACAACAUAGACAACGACAACCUGCCGCCGCCGCUCACGCCGCAGGUGUUCGCUGGGUAGCAGCCGUCUAAAACGGGAGAAAAACAUUUCACACACGGCAACGGUACUCCACACUAAACGCCAUCUCGCUACGCGUCUUCUGCACUUUAAACACCUCGUCACACCCGUGUUUAUAUUCAGUGGUUCCCAACCUGGAGGUCAAAGCUCCACCGGGGGGGUCGCAACGCCUUCUUGAUUUUAAAGGGUGUAAGAAAACUUUAAAAAUAUACACAAUCGGCCGGUAAUUCAGAACAAUUUUGUUCAUUUAUGUGAAGAAAACUAAGUGAAAUUGUUGUUUUCUCAGAUUAUCAUUAUUCAUAUAAUAAAUAAAAGCUAAAACCACCAAAGAGCUGUUAAAACAAUGAGCAGAAAACACAGAAUUUGUCUAAAAAGAAGCAUCUGAAGUCUGUAUGAUUGUUAAAUUAUCUGCUCAAAAUUCAUCCAAAUCUCCAAACUUCUUUAAGUUAUUGUGUAAAACAAUAAAACAGUAUUUGGGUUUAAUGUAGUUUAUCAGCAACUGUUAUUGUUAUACAUUGAAUAUAAUACGAAAUAAACACUUAAAAUAAAUCACUCGUGAGGAUAAAGGUCGGGAACCACUAAUAUAUUUUAAUCAGAUUGCAGCGAUCAGUGGAUUUACUCUCUGGGGUAAAAUAAAUAUGCUAAAAUGUCUUAUUGUUAUUAUUAUUCUGUCAGUUUCCUUUACUAAGUUGUCUGGACGGUGCUAACCUUCGAAAGGUCGGAGAGCCACAGAGUUCAAAAUGGAGGAAGCUAACAUGUAGCGUAGUAUUUGUGUUUCACGCUCCACUAAUAAUUAAACGUUUGCUGUCAGACGUUAAACUCACAUUCACAGUAACUCUUCAAAAUAAAACGUUGAUCAUAUCUUCCCAAAUCUUUCAACUCUCGUUAAAAAACGGUUUGGUUACGCUAAUCUUUAAUAGUACUAACGUUUACUGUCAGCAUUAAGUUGGAUCUACUCUUUGUUCCCCCCAUUGCUAAUGUUAAAAUGCUAAAGUUAGGUAGAAACAAUACAGUACAUUUCACUCUGUGUGGCCUUCUUGUGUUUUUAUUUAUCUUUUUUUAUUAAAUUUAUCUUUUUUUAUCAAAUUUAUGUGACUUCACUUAGAUUUUAGCCUUUUUUACUUAGAAAUAGUGGAUAAAGGUUAAAAAGUUGAUUUAAAAAGUGUGCCACAAAUCAAUUAAAUCACCUACAUAUCCUAAAUCAACUCACAUUUACACCAAAAUCAGGAUUUAGACAUUUUUCUGUAAAAUGAAAACAGAAAAUAAAAAAUUAACUGUUUCUCAUUUAAAAAACAAAAAAAACGAAAACAGAAAAUGAAUAAACGAGCUGUUUUGUUCCACUCUGACCUUUGACAUCCAGUAUAAACUGUGUCUGUGUUUCUGUUUUGAGGUCAGUUAGACUUUGAUAACAGUUUCUUUGCUGUGUUUAAUAUUCGGUUUUAUUUGUGUGUUGAACUGAAAUCAUCGAGCUGUAAAUGAAACAGGAAACCGCUCUGGAACAAAAACUCAUUAUUGUCGAGCAUCAAAUCAACAUGAAGAGAUGCUUCAGUUUCUGUAAACACUGUUUUUAAUAUUGUCUUGUUUGUAGAAUUCAGCUGUAUAAUGAACCUGAAUGUAACACGACUGAAUGGUCUCUUAUAAUUCUUGUAAAUAUGAAAUAAUAUCAAAUUAUUUUUUGUUUUGACCAUGAAAAAGAUAAAAAAAAACCUUGUAUUUGAAUUUUAACUCUUUGGGUUGUAAAACAGAAAUAACCACUCCUAUUGAUCGUAACGUCUCCUGACCCAUAGAUGCUAUGAAUAAUGUAUUUUAAAUAUAGAUUUAUUUUGCUGUUUGUGAUGUUCUGUAUAAUAUUAACUGUGUGCUGUGAGUCUGAUUGCCUGUUGAAACGCUGCUGCUGUGCUAACUGACGUUGAAUUAAAAACCUACAUUCGACCCGGUUUGAUUGCUGUUAGCAGAUUAACUGAGAACCACGUGUGGUGUUACUCGCUGGGGUUCUUUAACGUCAGUCAUUGGAUUGAUUUUUUAAUUUAAACUCAAUUUAUGAGACACAUGACAGGGAAUAUCUCCGAUGUGGGAUCAAUAAAGUCUGUUUCAUCUUA